UCAAAAUAUUUACAAAGACCCUAAUCAUGGUCAAAACUGUGCUCUACUCCCCACAAUGGUUUUUUCAGCAAGUACGACCCUUUCUGUCAAUUCCAGUAUGGUGUUUGUGCACUUCUUGCACAUGAACGAACAGUAUUAGCCAAUGCCUAUCGGUACACAGUGACUCUCAUGAACCUGGAGAAGCCUCUAAAGUAAGGGCACCUUCAAGUUCAACCUUGAUACCGUGGCGCUUUGAAACUGAACACAUUCAAAUCUUAUAUCCACUCGAUUCCACUCUUCCGGCGACUCUGAAGCUGGGAAGUAUUCCAUCCUGCCACCACCCCCACGCAUACGAAUCAUCUCCACGAGCUGAUGUCCAUCCCUUCGACGCUGUCGGGAUCGAUGACGGGUGUUAAGAAGUAGUGAGAAUGAGAAAUGAAGAAGAUCUAGGGUUGUGAGGUUCGAUACGAGCUAAUUAUCCCUCAUCCCAACUUAUGCUGAUGUGUGUGAUGUGUCCACCCUCGGUCCUCGAAGCUUGAGGCUUGAAGAACGAUAACAAGAAGAAGCAACCGUCGUCCUUGAAUGCGAAAGCAUCAGGGACAGGUUUGACGAUGGAAGACCUAAAAGGAAGCAUUUCAGAGUGGCUACCAGGAAAGCAAAGUGAGCCGGAAGGGGCCGUUCCCGUUCCCGGGUCAAGAAACCUUAUAAAUAGGGCGUGUGUUGCGCGGUUUUGCACCAUGGCUGCCCCGACAAAAGUGGCAAUCAUAACGGGUGCUUCUGCAGGCAUCGGGCGACACACAGCCAUCGCGCUUGGUGAAGCAGGUUGGAAGGUCGUGAUUACUGCGAGGAGAAGCGAGGCCUUGGAGGAGACAAAAGACAUGAUGAAAAUUUUGGAGAACAAAAACUGUUUGGCAAUGGCUGGAGAUAUAACUCAAGAAACCUUUGUCAAAUCCCUCUUUGAGGAGACGAUACAGAUAUUUGGACGACUCGAUCUCCUGUUCAACAACGCUGGAAUGUUCCAACCUCAAAUUCCCAUCGAGAACUUACCUCUGGAAGUUUUUCAAAAUGUCAUCAAUGUCAACCUAAUUGCUCCGUUUCUGUGCACCCAACAGGCUAUGCGGAUUUUUAAAUCGCAAUCUCCGUCGGGUGGUCGAAUUAUCAACAAUGGGUCUGUUUCAGCCCAAGUCCCACGUCCCCUUUCCUAUGCCUAUUCAUCAUCUAAACACGCCCUGACUGGGCUGACAAAGACCACUGCUCUCGAAGGCCGACCAUUCAAUAUUACCUGUACCCAAAUCAAUAUAGGAAACACCGAGACCGGACUCGCGAACCGCCUUGCCCAGGGCGCCCUACAAGCUGAUGGUAGAAUCAUUCCAGAACCACUCAUGGAUGUGAGACAUGUUGUCAACUCCAUCAUGCACGUCGUCGGCCUACCCAAUGAUGUCUCGGUGCUAGAAAUGACUGUGUUACCAACUCAGAUGCCAUUCAUUGGGAGAGGUUGAGAUUUUGAGUCUGCAAACGACCGUACGUAGUUCACCGGAACUGUCGAUGGACCAAUCCAAGCUUGUCUCGGCUUCACGCCUAAACACGGUGUUUUCAACCAAGCAACCAAUAGAACAGUACAAUGACAGUUGAAAGUUCAUUCAAUCCUAACUUCUUCCCAUGACCACCAUAACCAAGAGUCGUUAUAUGAGCCUCCGUAGAUGAGGUGUCGAUACUUUCCAGUCAUCAUGCGUGCAUUGAUAAUGUCGAUGAAGGCAUUGGGCGAUACAGCGAUCGACUCGGUACUGUAGGGAGGAACGUCGUGCUCACGAGGAAACGACACGAUUCAUCAGACUAAGAGUAUGGUGAACUGAUGAUUCUAAGGAUUACCUAGCUAUCGCCGGGGGCCGGGGACGUAUCUCAGGAAACCUUCGUGAAAUAUCUUUGUGCAGAACAGUGAAAGUAUUUGGUGAACUCCAUCCGCA